AUGAGCUGGAAUAAGUCUCUUAUGGUGCCAUCUCGAUGUUCUCUGCCUGUGCAUCGUUUAAGCAGGGCUUUUCUUGGCAGGAAUAUCUUGACAAACUUUGCUCAUCGGAGCUUGCUAACAAGUACAGAUGCCUGCACAAAAGAAAAUAUCAGCCAGGUAAAGUGUUUCAAUAGCCGUUCAGUAGGCUUUCCGGUUCGGCAGGCUUGUGGCUUUGAAAUGAAGCGAUUCUUGAGUCGAUUGGUGCUACGAAGUCGGCUGUCUACUCUCUGUGCUCAAAGUAUCCGGAGAAGUGAAUCUGCUGGAAUCGUAGUGAAUCGAUCCUUCCAUUGUGGAAAAGUGUUUUUGAAUCAGUCCAAUCAACAGAAUGGGAAUCAUGAAGAUUUUUUGUCCAAAAAUACUGAUUAUUUGCACAUUCAGAAUAUCUUACUGCAGAAGAAUCAAGAAAGGAUGAAUAAAAAACGGAUGCUCUCGGAGGCGACCAAUUUCUAUGAAAGAUUUAAAGUCAACACCAAAUGGCUCCUAAUUCGCAAUAAUCGGCCCUUUUCAGCUAAUGAAAUUAGUACGAUGUUUUCGUGGCUUCUUAUUUCGCAGAUAGCGUGGAUUAUCCUCGGUACUACUACAUUCGUAUCUAUCCUUUUACUUAUCUUCAACACUGUAUUCGCUAAGGAGAUGGUGGGCAGAUGUAUUGGGAAAUUGCUUAAUGCGUUUCUGGAUGAUAUCGAUAUUAAAUUCCAGGACGCUUUGGUUCCCAAGUGGAAAAACGGCUGUAUCAGGUUCAACAAAGUGGAAUUAAGAACUGUCGGCAAAGAUCAAGACGUGGUAGAAGGUGCAGGAUGCAGGGAGGGAUCCAAUCUAGAGUUCCAAUUGAAGUUCCAUCAAAUAGAGUUGACACUUUCGUUAAAGAAAUGGCUCUUUGGCCAUGGUGCCAUCAAAGAUCUAUCGCUCUACGGUAUGAGAGGUGAUGUAAACAUAGACUAUGCCUAUGAACCGAAUCCGCAGCGAUUGUUUAUCGAUUGGUUCUCCAAUAAAGAUUAUGAAUUGGGGAAAGUGCAGCUAACGGACUCGUGCGUGAACGUUUACGAUAAGCAGCUUGAUAUGAAGUAUCGAGUGUCAAUAUACAAUCUAUCGAUGCCUCAAUUGAGAUUUCGAUGGAUACUUCCUGAUUUCUUCAACGCAGAUGUUGCCACAGGGGCAAUAAACCAUGCGUUGUUCACGAUCCACAAAAGACAGCAUAAAUUGGUUUACUUGAAUGAUAUGGAGAAGGAUCUCUCUCCGUGGAAGAGAAUAAGCAGGCUGAGGUUAGAUGCUAUCAAUGUCAAAGAUUUGGGUCUCAAUAAGAGCAAUACAUUUAACUGGUUUGAAGAUGGGGAAUUAGAGAUUACAGCCGAUGUUAUGCUGCCGCAUGAAGAUAGCGAGCCACAGCAUGAUGCAGAUAAGAAGAAGUAUAUGGUGUUUGAUCUCAGGUUCAAGUUCAAGAAUGCUAGAGCACGUUUCCCCGAUGAAGCGCCGAGAUUAUCAUCAGGUGAAGAGAUUAUCUCACUCGAAGAGUUGAAGCCUUUAAUCUCAUACAUUAAUACACAAAAUAGCUAUUGUCGCUCAAUGGCUAGCAUAGAAAACACGAAUUCAGUGUGGAAUUCGUCCAACGUAUCAAUCAGCAAGACGAGGUCUUAUCCAAACGUGACGGUGAUACCGUCUGCAGCGCAAUGGGCUCAUAGUGAGGAUGAAGUUGGACCGAAGGGCCAAGAGAUCAUAAGAUUCCAUGACCAGCCCCAACACAACGGUAAUGAGCUGGUCUUGCGUUGUCGGAUAGUCAAAAACAUUCAGGAGCUCAAGGACAAGGUGAUGUUUCAGGAGACGGGGAUAUACGAUACCUUAAGUAUGGAGCUAUAUGUUGACUUGAUUAGAAUGGUUGAAGAAUGGGAGUAUAACAAGAAAAACGACUGGAUGAAGCUAUGGGGCACCACAGUAGCGUCCCAACUCCUCCUCUUCGGUUUAGGUGCUAUGGUCUGA